AUGGAUCUGAGCCUUUUAGCGGUAGCUAUACUAGUGCUCAUUACAAUGAACUCCUGGUUCCAAGAGGUUGGAGUUUAUUGUGUGAAUAAUCAGAAUUUCUACCAAGUCAAAUUAAAGACGCUAGGGAUUUCUUCUUAUUACAAUGACACUUCCUGUCGGUCUAUGUUGGAGUGUUCAUUACAUUGUCUUUCACGCAACUUAACUUGUCAACAUUUUCUCUACGACAACGUAAAGAAAAUUUGUCUUUGUGGGGCUGAACUUAGAUCUACUGGGGUCAAACCUUCUUCGGGUCAACGUCUGUACUCGCAAAGCACCAAGUACUGCGACCUGGCUCUUGGCUACAACUCGACCAUCAUGCGAACAUUCGGACUUUGUCUGAAAAUCGUCAACAAUUAUACAAACUAUACUUCAGCUAAUAAGUCCUGCAGCACCAUGCAAGGUCAUCUUGUGAUGGUCAAAUCAAACGCCACAAAGGAAUCUCUUCUGACGAUAAUGCAGGACAUGAACAUUGAAAGCGCCUGGGUAAGAAUAGACGAUAUACAGUCAGAGGGCAAGUACGUCUGGUCAGAUGGUUCACUGUUGACAACAGAAGAAAUGAUUGUGUAUAUACCUAGACAACCAGACAAUUUUAACAAUAGCCAAGACUGCACCGUUAUUAUGAAACAAUACAGAGGAUUAGAUGAUGUUGUCUGUACGAACAGAGAAAUGUAUUUGUGUGAAUAUAAUAAUUAG